AUUUUUUUAGUCGUAGACACUACGGUUAAACAUUUGACGUUAUGUAACGCCGGAUGUAACGGGUAGGCAGAGUAGAUGGCCGCCGGUCAACGGGGGGCUUCGAAGCCAUCUUUGUGGUCAGCUCAGUUUGCUGUACGCCAACGCCAGAGGGUGUGUGUGUGACAGAGAGAGUAAGGAAAUUUCCAAUCAAUGCCUGUACUAAACAUGCCAAUGAGAUACAUUUGUGUUGUGCAGUGGAUUUUAUUUAAGAAUGUUGUGUUUUUUGUUUAUAAAAAGAAUUUAUAUACAUACAUAUUUUUAAUGCCAUAAAUGUAAAAAUGGAUUUGAUCCAGGGGCUUUUUUUCCAUUCGUCUCCCGGAGGAGCGCAGUGUGUGCCGAAAGAAUGAGAGAAGUUGCGUGACACCCGCUUCACCAAUUAUAGUUGUGUGGGUGUAAUAUGAUAACGCUAGCAGAAGAGAUAACGAUCGUUAGAUAAAGAGAAGUUGUGAUCAGUAGCGAUCGGGCAGCAAUACGCGUAAGUUAUACGAAAAAAAAAGCUUUCGGUACAAAGCGAUUUUACAAUAAUUUGGUGGCAAAAAGUGACGUCCUUUGGUGUCGAGGACUUUAUUCGAUAUAAACAAUUGUUAGCAUAUCAAUUCGAGUGUAAAUAUUAAGUUUAAUAGUGAAAAUUUGUUUAAAUUGUAGGCCGGCGUCGGCUUGGGUUUUUGUCACAGCGUACGCUCUCGAACGAGUGUGGUGGUGUACACGAAAGCUUAAAGUGUGUAAGUGAGAGAAAGGAUCUUCCAUCUUGUGCGGAAGCUUGUAAAUUAUUAGCAUUUUUGUUGUGCAGUGCAUUUUGCCGACGAGUUUUAUUAUAAAACCAUGGCAUAAACGUGUGGUGUUUGUUUUUAUGAUAACCUCUGAGCUAGCUUCGGUUAUUUAAUAUAAUUUCAAUGUACAUGUUGGUACGGUUCAACAGUACAUGUGGAAAGUGGCUCUGUUCCUUUGUGAAAAGAAGAAAAAAAAAUGAUAAAAAAGUGUUUUUUUUGGUGAAAAAAAGUGAAAAAAGUGAGUCUCAAUGAGCUUAUUGUGUGAAAUCAUGUAUUAAAAAAUGUGGCAAAAUGUGUUUUAGAUGUGCUAAAGCUCGUGUAGAGUGCGUAUGUGCCUUUAUGCACAAGAAAAAAAAAGAAAAAAAGAGUUAGUUGUAUUUGGGUGUAAAAAUAAGUUACGUGAAAUAAUGUUUUAAAAAAUGUGGCCUUUGUGGGCAAGUGUGGUAAUUAAAAUGUGCCAAAGCUCGUUUAGAAUGCGUAUGUGCCUUUGUGCACAAGAAAAAAAAGAAGAAAAGUGUUAGUUGUAUUUGGGUGUAAAAAUAAGUUGCGUGAAAUAAUGUUUUAAAAAAUAUGGCCUUUGUGGGCAAGUGUGGUAUUUAAAAUGUACCAAAGCUUGUUUAGAAUGCGUAUGUGCCUUUGUGCACAAGAAAAACAAAAGAAAAAAAAAUGUGUUAGUUGUAUUUGGGCGAAAAAAAAAGUUGCGUGAAAUAAUGUUUUAAAAAAUGUGGACUUUGUGGGCAAAAAAAUGUGCCAAAGCUCGUUUAGAAUGCGUAUGUGCCUUUGUGCACUAGAAAAAAAAGAAAAAAAGUGUUAGUUGUAUUUGGGUGUAAAAAUAAGUUGCGUGAAAUAAUAUUUAAAAAAAUGUGGCCUUUGUGGGCAAGUGUGGUAUUUAAAAUGUGCCAAAGCUCGUGUAGAGUGCGUAUGUGCCUUUGUGCACAAGAAAAAAAGAAAAAAAUGUGUUAUUUAUAUUUGGGUGUAAAAAUAAGUUGCGUGAAAUAAUGUUUUAAAAAAUGUGGCCUUUGUGGGCAAGUCUGGUAAUUAAAAUGUGCCAAAGCUCGUUUGGAAUGCGUAUGUGCCUUUGUGCACAAGAAAAAAAAGAAAAAAAAUGUGUAAGUUGUAUUUGGGUGUAAAAAUAAGUUGCGUGAAAUAAUGUUUUAAAAAAUGUGGCCUUUGUGGGCGGUUUUGUGGUAAUUAAAAUGAAGUGCCAAAGCGCACUGAAGUUCCUUUGUGUAUUUUCCUUUGUGCUCUGAAAAAAAAUGUUGUUUGUUUUUGGUGCGAAAAAGCUAUCAAACUAUCGUUUAUCGUGGAGGACAGGAAGACGGCAAAACCGGUGUGAGCAGAACAACCGGGCAAAUGCGAGCACCAACCAACUCGGGGAAUACGACUAUGGAGCUGCAGAUGAGUAUCAACCACUGUACAUGGUCGCAAACUAUUCGGAUUCGGAUGACAGUAUGGAAAGUGAAAUGGAAUAUGAUGUUCGGAUUUUGGAAGCUUCCGAAUCAGAAGAGCAUGAGCAGCAAACUACCAACCCGUUGCUUGAAUCAAUGCGAAACGAAAAUCAUACUCCGGAUGGCUUUUCUGUUUAUUCGGAACUGUAUCAGACCUUAACACCUUACCAACAGAGUGUUGAAGGAAUUAACCGUUUGGAAAAUUUUCCCUAUGAUCCAAUGCCCGUGGUAGUAUUAAUGACCCGAACACCUAUGGGAGUAGUAAUGAAUGCCGAUAUGAUUAUUUAUACGGGAGAAACGGAUAUUCCGUAUGCCAUUGAAAAUGGGGAUGAAAUAAUGCAAAUUAUAGCACCCUGGCCUCACGAGGAGCUAUCGUUGACGGACCUGAAUUACUUUCUGUUUAAUUUACCAAGCCAUUUUGUGUUAUUUAUUUAUCGCCGAGCCCGCACAGGGUGUCUGUACGUAUUCCAAAUCGAGCGAAGCUCCGAAGGCUAUCCCGUCUAUACGUAUAUCCCGAACGUUGUAAUCGUUAAUGCAACUGCGGGGCACGACUAAAUAUUUGCCUUAUUUCCUUGUUCGUUUUUUUGUUGCUUAAUUAAAUAUUGUAAACUUCACCGAGCAAUAAAAACAAAAUUUUAAAUUAAUGGCCGGGUUUUGUGCCAUCACGUAAUAAUGAAGGUUUUCCACCAAAUUAUCCUGCCUGAACUAUCUAUUUCUAUUACCCUUGUACGAGUAAUCGUUUUUUCAAUCAAACGGUUAUUUACCUCGUGGGAAAUGUUCACAAGCUCACGGUGUGACUUUCUUCUUAAUCAAUCCACCUUC